GUGACUGGCUGACCAAUCAGCGCAGGCCUCUCACCGAAAGCCCGGAACCACAUGUUGUUGUCAUUCUGUGACAUGUUGAUAGAAAACGGAGGAGAUAUUUGUGUGUUUUUUGAAGUAUAACGAUAAAGAAAACAGGAGAAUGGCAGCAGCUACAGUAGCUACACCCGUCAGCCCCGCGGAGCUCGACCCGGAGGAGGAGGAGAUCCGCGGAGAGGCGGAGGAGGAGAAGGAUAGCACCGGGCAGACCCAGCAGCAGCAGACAGGCCCCGCCGCGGCCGCAGCCGGGAGCCACAACCGACUGUCCAAACUCCCGCUGGCCCGCAUCAAGGCGAUCAUGAAGACCGACCCAGACGUGUCGCUCGCCAGCCAGGAGUCUGUGUUCAUCAUCGCUAAAGCCACGGAGUUGUUUGUAGAAAUGAUUGCCAAGGAUUCCCUGGUGUAUGCCCAGCAGGGGAAGAGGAAAACGUUGCAAAGAAAAGACUUGGACAACGCAAUAGAAGCCAUAGAUGAAUUUGCAUUUCUUGAAGGCACACUAGAUUAAAACACUUCUAAAGACGAGAACAUUGAAUAUCUCCAUCCAUCCAAGAAACUUUCCGUUACAGGGACACGAUUUGUUGUGAACACUUUCUGGAACUUUUUUUCUAAGUCAAACUCUCAAAUUGGAUAUUUAUAAAUGUUUUUUUACAAUGUGCCAUUAAGAUUUUUCAUACGUAACUUUGAAGACAUCAGUGGUAAUGUGUACAUUUUUUGUAAAUAUUUGUGAAAUACUACUGUACAAUGGAAUAAAUGUAAGUUUUAAACAAUC